GGGCCGUCGUCCCCGCCCAGUCCUAGCCAAAGAGCGCGGGAGCGUGUGCGCUAGCCCGGGCGCAGCCCGGGGUUCGGCCCCAGCAGGCGCCCGCGAGGCCGCGGUGCUGGCGGGCCUUCUGGACGCCGGGACAAAGGGCCGGCUGGGUGCUGGUCCGCUGGGAGCGGAGCGAGGGAAAGCCGCUGCCGCGCGCUGGGCCCGUGACGCGGCGACCCCGGAGGCCCCCCGCCUGCGUAGCCGGCCUGCCUCGGCCAGCUCCGGGGCUCGGGAGCCAUGGCCAUUGCCCACCUGGCCACGGAGUACGUAUUCUCGGACUUCCUGCUGAAGGAGCCCACUGAACCCAAGUUCAAGGGGCUGCGCCUGGAGCUGGCGGUGGACAAAAUGGUCACCUGCAUCUCGGUGGGGCUGCCGCUGCUGCUCAUCUCGCUGGCCUUCGCGCAGGAGAUCUCCAUCGGUACCCAGAUCAGUUGUUUCUCUCCAAGUUCUUUCUCCUGGCGCCAGGCUGCCUUUGUGGACUCUUACUGCUGGGCAGCGGUUCAACAGAAGGCCUCCCUGCAGAGCGAGUCGGGAAACCUGCCACUGUGGCUGCACAAGUUUUUCCCCUACAUCCUAUUAUUAUUUGCAAUCCUCCUGUACCUGCCUGCACUGUUCUGGCGUUUCGCAGCUGCUCCUCAUCUCUGCUCAGACUUGAAGUUUAUCAUGGAAGAACUUGACAAAGUUUACAACCGUGCGAUUAAGGCUGCCAAGAGUGCACGUGACCUUGACCUGAGAGAUGGUGCUGGCCCCACUGCGGGUGUUAAGGAGACUCUAGGGCAAAGUUUGUGGGAAAUAUCUGAAAGCCACUUCAAGUACCCAAUCGUAGAGCAAUACUUGAAGACAAAGAAAAGUUCUAGUAAUUUAAUUUUCAAGUACAUUAGCUGCCGGCUGGUGACACUCAUGAUAAUACUGUCAGCAAGUGCCUACCUGAGCUAUUACUUUAGCCUGUCCUCGCUUUCAGAUGAGUUUGUAUGCAGCAUAAAAUCAGGAAUCCUGAGAAACGAAAGCACUAUCCCUGAUCGGUUUCAGUGCAAACUUAUUGCAGUCGGCAUCUUCCAGCUGCUCAGCUGCAUUAACCUCAUGGUUUAUGUUCUGUUGGCUCCUGUGGUUGUCUACACGCUGUUAGUUCCCUUUCGACAGAAGACAGAUGUUCUCAAAGUAUAUGAAAUCCUGCCCACUUUCGAUGUUCUGCAUUUCAAAUCUGAAGGGUACAAUGACUUGAGCCUCUAUAAUCUUUUCUUGGAGGAAAAUAUCAGUGAACUCAAAUCAUACAAGUGCCUGAAGGUAUUGGAGAAUAUUAAAAGCAAUGGUCAAGGGAUUGAUCCAAUGCUACUUCUGACCAAUCUUGGUAUGAUCAAGAUGGAUAUUAUGGAUGGCAAAAUGCCCAAAUCGGCAGAGACCAAGGGAGAGGAGCGGCAGAGCCAAAUGGCUGAGCUCACGGAUUUGGACCUGCACAGUGAAACUAAAGCAAAUAAUGAAGAGAAAAAUGCUCGUCAGAGACUUUUGAAUUCUUCCUGCUAAUGGUUUUGUUUUGACUUCUGUGAUGUGAGCCUCAUCUUGGCUAAGGCACCCCUGUUGGGGUCACAGCUGGGUGCAGAAAGUGGUGUUUGGUAGUGAUAUUUAGUCUCUUAUGAACACAACAGUCAACACAGUGUUAUAAAAGAAAGAUGUAUGAACUUCCUACAAGAAGUAACGUGGAGAUAAACUGUAGCAAGCAUACGAGUGUCUGUUCUCACUGAUGAGAAGUGGAAGGACUAGGAAGAACAGCAGAGGGCCUUUUAGAGCUUUGGAGAGACAACUUUCUCUGCCAAUAGUACAGACCUGGAGCUACUUGAAACACGCAAAAGAUUUGUUUUGCUUUAUGAAAUAAUAUUAAACAUAUCACAACUACACAUCAUGUCCUGUAAUCCUGGCUACUGAAGAGGCUGAAAUCUGAGGACCAUGGUUCGAAGACAGCCCAGGAA